AUGGACAUUUCUGAACUGCAGUCAGUCUCGCUGGAAGUUGAGCUCGAUAGUGAUAUAUAUCCAUCUCCUGCUGCUAUCACAAAAGAAGAUUAUGGAGAGGAAUCGAUUUCUUUAUUCUCUUUCAAUAGUCCUCCUCCAUGUGCAUGGGAUUUGGUCCCGGAAAUUUCCGAAAACAUUCCCAUUACUGGAUUACCAAUGCGUGGAUUACAGGAAGUAGAACUUUACCUUAAUCCUCCAUCACGUGGUUCAAUGCUGAAUUGGGAAUACGUUGCCGCUGAAUUUGGUUUUUCUAAUAGCAGAAUCAUGCACUUGCGAACAUCUACAAACCCGACUGCGGAUGUGCUACUAGAGAUUAUUCAUCGUCCUUUAAAAAACUUACUUGAUGUAUUGGCAAAAAUCAAUCGAGUCGACGCACUUUUAUCACUCCAACCUUAUCUUGAGAAUGUGGUUGGAACUGGUAAUACGGAAAUAUCGAGUUCUGAUUCAGGUGCUUAUAUGAAUGCGGCAAAAAGCGAUGUCCUUAUAUAUUCUUCAUCUUCGAGCAGUAAUUCAGUACGUCCUACUGCGUCGAAUGCUAAUACUAUAAUUAACAACCAAAAAUUUAUUUUGGUGACACAUCAUGAAUUUGUUACAAAUGUUGCGUUGCGGAAAAAUUACAAAUGGUUUCUGAAAAAUUUGAGGAAGCAAGCUAGGGAAAUUAGCAUGUCAGUAUUUGAUAUUAACGAUUACUUAGAGGCAAGCUGCCAGUUCGAAGGCCUACAUACUUUAUUUGCUGAUGCCUCUCAUAUUAUUUGUGUUUUCACGGAUGAUUAUAUGGAAAUGUUAAAAUCAAAUGGAAAGGAACAAGUAGUGACUGUGAAGCAAUAUUUGCAUAAACUUAUGAAUGGUGAAUUCAUGGAGCAAGGAAGUAACCAACGUUUUUGUGCCGUAAUUUUUCAGGGAACAGGGCGUGAUAUGCUUCCCCUUGGCUGGGCCAAGAGUACACUAGUGUAUGAAUUCCCUGCCAAUCAUGUACAGCUGUUUCGAAAAUUGUUUGCAAAACACUGA